CACAAAAGUGUCAGCCUGCAACGUGGCUCUUCUUGUCGUGGCCGAUCGUCGAGCAAAAUAUCGAGUGAUGGGUGGUGUCAUAUGGACCUGUUUUCGAGCCAACGGUGCAGAGAAAGAACAUCGUUGCCAAGGAGAACACAGGCAGAGAGACGAGCUGUCAGAGACUCGCCCGGCUGGUAGCUCCCGCCCAGGACGCAGCUAUAUGAUGAAUGAGAAAU